AGAUUCCAUUGUUUAUUCUUUUUGCAAAGAGUUGAAAGGCUUUAGAAAUUAGAAGUAUGAAUCUCAAAAUUGACGACGUUACUUCGAUAUUAUAGAUACGUGUAGUAGUAGUAGUAGCUAGAACCUACCCUUGGAAUAAUAGAAACAAGUGUAUGUGACUGUGAGUGCGAAAGAAAGAAAGAAAGAAAGAAUGUCAGGACCUGAAUGUUGCUCAAAUCCACCAAUACUGAAUCCGAAUGCAGGAUCUGGUCACGUUGAAAAGCUUGGUGCUCUCAAUGCCUACAUCGCCGGUUCUCCUAAUUCCAAAUCCUCUGUUCUUCUUGUCUCUGAUGUUUUUGGAUAUGAAGCGCCAAAUUUAAGGAAGCUUGCAGACAAAGUUGCAGCUGCUGGUUAUUUUGUGGUUGUUCCCGACUUCCUUAAUGGUGAACCCUAUAAUCCCGAGAACCCUGAUAGGCCCUUGCCUAUUUGGAUAAAAGAUCAUGGAACGGACAAAGGUUUUGAAGAUGCAAAACCCAUAAUUGAAGCCAUAAAAAGUAAAGGUGUUUCAUCUGUCGGGGCUGCUGGAUUUUGUUGGGGUGCUAAGGUUGUUACUGAACUAGCAAAAUCCAGACUUAUCCAAGCUGCUGUGCUGUUGCAUCCAUCAUUUGUUUCUGUGGAUGACAUAAAGGCUGUUGACAUUCCAUAUUCUAUACUUGGAGCUGAGAUUGACAGACUUUCUCCUCCAGAGCUUGUGAAACAGUUUGAAGAAAUCCUUAGUGCUAAAUCUGCGCCAAGUUUUGUGAAAAUAUUUCCUAAAGUUUCCCAUGGUUGGACUGUGAGAUACAGCCCGGAAGAUGCAGAAGCUGUGAAAGCUGCAGAGGAGGCACAUCAGGACUUACUGGACUGGUUUGCUAAACAUCUCAAGUGAGAAAUAUUUGUCAGUUGAUAUCCUCUGUAUCCACGUGUGUACUUCAAGUGAACCAUGCAACAUGCUACUCAUUCCACAUAGCUUCAGUCUACAAUAUAAUAAAUGAUGUAUUAUUGUGUGUCGGACACAUAUAGAUAGAUUCAGCGUAUGUGUAAAAAUAUAAACAAUGUUUCUUCCUGUGGACAGUUGUGAUUUGAAACAGUUUGAAAUAUUAAGAAACCAUACUUUAAGACUUUUGUCUUUAAAUAUGUGGUUUAUGCUGUGCUGAAUGAAAGGAACUCUGUUUGUUUUCA